AAGUAUAUUCACGAGGGGUUUAUGCGUGUAUGGCAUGACUGUGGGUGUUAUUAGUUUUGGUGAAGUGGCUCCUCUGUUGUAAAGUAACGGAAUAGAAAUUAAGUAACUCCGGUGAGCAGCAGUGGACAGUUGGACUGUUACACGUGCGUCAGUGUGUGUUAACUUGUGUCUGGUUGUGUGAACUUCUUUGGGGCAGAACAAGCUAGAGAUACUGGUUAAAAGGGGGAGGACACAGUGUCUGUGAGCAUGGCCCGACCUCUCCGGGUCCUCUCCCUGCUCUCCAGGCUCGGUGCUCUGUCAGUGAUGCCCCCUGUGUCUAUGAACAGCUGUCGGUUUGCGAGCAGAGGAGCCAGUAAGGCGUGGAGGGGACAGAGCCAUGUGCACAGAGACAGAGCACCAAACAGAGCUCCUGCAGACGCUGAUGAGAUGUCUGAUGAUGAACUUGGGGUAGAGGAUGUGGAGGACAAGCUCCAGGCCUUGGUUGAUGAGGGGAGGAAGAGGCAGAAGACUGUGAAAUAUCAUAUACUGAGGAGGCAGAUGACUCCAUCAGGAGCUCCGCAGAGGAAGCUGACCUGGGAUGCUAUUGAGCAGAUCAGGUAUCUGAAACAGGAGCAACCAGAAGAGUGGACAGUAGGGCGUCUGGCUGAGGGCUUCUCUGUCACCCCUGAUGUCAUCCUGAGAGUCCUCAGAAGCAAGUUUGUCCCUGUCCCUCAAAGAAAAGCCAAGCAGGAUGCCAAAGUAAUGGCUGAACUCAGACAGCAGGUGCUGCCUUCAGGUGCUGGAACAGAGCAAGACAGGUUAAAGCUGCCUGGAAACCACACAUCAGCUGCACUCCCACCUGGAAGCACUAAAGGAGCAGUGGUGCCUGUGGCUGACAGGACUUUAAUGCUUCAGGAUGAAGGCUCAGGUUCCCUCGCUAAGAGUCCUGCUGCCCCUGUCACUCUUCUGCCCACCCAGUUCAGACCUGGUAUCAGUAAAGAUGUCCCUGCGGCAAGAUCAGAGGAAGAGGACAGCAUUUCUCACACAAAUCCUACAGAGGAGGACGAAGAGGAUGAGGAGGGCUGGGAUGGAUGGCUGCUGACAGAGGAAGAGCUUGAAGAGUUCAUAGAAAUGGAAAAGCCUCAUCCGGCGAUGCAAAUUGGAAAUGACUUCUUUGAUGCAGAGGGCAACUUUUUGUACAGAAUCUGAGGACCUCCUGUCUUAAACUGUUAGCUCACGAUGUUUGAUGCUCAGGUUGGCAUCAUAACACCUGAUAAUAAUCUGCCCAGUGACUUUCUGACAUAUUAUUAAAGAGGCAAAAUAAAAAAUCAAAGAU